AUGAAGUUAUUGUUUAAAUUACAGACUCUAAAAUUCUUGUGGACUCUGAAGCUUCCUCAUAGGACUUUCCAUGGCCACCCCAAGCUGCUUGCCUCUGAUGUGCAUUCACAGUAUGAGUCCAUCAGGCGUGGCAAACAAGAAAUACCAAAGUACUUUAACUAUGCAAGUGAUGUACUGGACAAAUGGUCUGAGAUUGAAAAGGCUGGAAAGAGACGAUCAAACCCUGCCUUUUGGUGGAUAAAUGGAAAAGGAGGAGAAGUGAAGUGGAGCUUUGAGGAGCUGGGGUUCCUCUCUCGGAAAGCAGCCAAUGUGCUGACCAAAGUUUGUGGACUGCAGAAGGGGGACAGAGUUAUUGUGAUCCUCCCACGAAUUCCAGAAUGGUGGCUGCUGAAUGUGGCCUGCAUGCGAGCAGGAAUUGUCUUAAUUCCAGGAGUAUCCCAACUAUCAGCCAAAGACAUAUUAUAUAGACUCCAGUCAUCAAAGGCCACAUGCAUCAUUACCACUGACAAACUGGCUCCUACAGUGGAGUCAGUGGCAUCUGAGUGUCAGUUCCUGAAAACCAAGCUAAUGGUGUCUGAAGGCAGUAGGGAGGGAUGGCUGAACUUCAAUGAGCUGUGCAAAAACCAAUCUGCUGACCAUUCCUGUGUCAAAACAAGGAUUGAAGACCCAAUGAUUAUCUUCUUUACCAGCGGAACCACAGGUUCUCCAAAGAUGACUCAACAUUCCCAGGGUAGUCUUGGUUUCAGACCCCUUUUAAGUGAAAGGUACUGGUUGGAUUUGACUCCCUCUGGCAUGAUAUGGAACACAGCAGACACAGGAUGGAUACUAACUUCAAUAGCAUCUGUUUUUGAUCCCUGGGUUUUUGGAGCAUGCAUCUUUAUACAUAACCUACCACAGACUGAACCAGGAGUCAUCCUAGAUACUCUCUGCAGAUUCCCAAUUGACAUGCUGGUCGGUGCUCCGACGUUGUUCCGCAUGCUGGUGCAAAAUGAUCUCUCCAAGUACAAAUUCAUGAACCUGAAGUACUGCUGCAGUGGAGGGGAACCACUCAACCCAGAAGUCAUGGAGCAGUGGAAGAGCCAGACUGGGCUGGACAUCCAUGAAGUAUAUGGCCAAACUGAAAUGGGAAUAAUCUGCUCUGUUUGUAAAGGAAUGAAGAUUAAACCUGGCUCAAUGGGGAAGGCAGCUCCCCUUUAUGAUGUUCAGAUCAUAGACAAAAAUGCUAAUAUCCUGCCUCCAGGACAACAGGGGGAAAUUGCUGUCAGAAGCAAACCUCUACGGCCACUUGGUUUUUUCUCUGAAUAUGUAGAUAACCCUAAGAAAACUGCAGCAUGUGAACGUGGGGAAUUUUAUGUCACUGGAGACAGAGGGACUAUGGAUGAAGAUGGAUAUUUUCAGUUUAUUGGAAGAGAUGAUGACAUCAUCAUUUCCUCAGGAUAUCGCAUUGGGCCAUUUGAAGUGGAGAGUGCCCUGAUAGAGCACCCAGCAGUAGUAGAAACAGCUGUUGUCAGCAGCCCAGAUCCCCUCAGGGGAGAGGUUGUGAAAGCAUUUGUGGUUCUCUCUCCCACCUUUUCAUCCAGUGACCUGAAGAGUUUAACCCAUGACUUGCAGGAACAUGUCAAGAAAACUACUGCUCCAUAUAAAUACCCUAGAAAGGUUGAAUUUGUCCAAGAGCUGCCAAAGACAGUCACUGGGAAGAUCAAGAGGAAUGAAUUAAGAGACAAAGAGUGGGGACGGAGAUACUGGAUGAAUUUGACUCCCUCAGGCAUCGUGUGGAACAUAUCAGACACUGCUUGGGUAAAGGCAGCUAUUGGGAGCAUUUUUGGUCCGUGGUUCCAGGGUACAUGUGUUUUUGUACAUGCCAUGCCACAGUUUGAUCCGAGAGCAAUGUUGAAUAAUGCUGUCAAAAUAGGUGCGAAGAGGCCAUUUACUUUUUUCACUCAAUAUGUGGAUGAUCCAGUGAAAACAGCUUCCACAGUCUGUGGGAACUUCUACAUCACUGGAGACAGAGGGAGCAUGGAUGAGGAUGGGUACAUAUGGUUUAUGGGGCGAUCUGAUGAUGUCAUCAUCUCCUCUGGACACCGUAUUGGGCCAUUUGAAGUAGAGAGUGUCCUGCUACAGCAUCCAGCUGUCACUGAGGCUGCUGUUGCCAGCAGCCCAGACCUCACCAGAGGGGAGAUAAGUAGUGCUUUUGUGGUCUUGUCUCCUUCCGUUAAGUCACAAGAUCCAGACAAACUGGCCUGUGAACUGCAAGAACAUGUCAAGAAAGUCACUGCCCCAUACAAGUACCCCAGAAAG